AUGGAGCCCCACCAUCUUGCUAGGAAGAGCGGCCAGGCAGCCUGGUGUGAUGCUGCGGACUGGGGCUCAGGAGGGCCUCCAGCUGACCAGGCAGAUGCAGCAGCCACCAAAGCUGCUCUCUGCUGCCAGAGACACUGCACAUCCACGCCAAGAGCAGCCGAGGUGGAAGGCUCUAAACUUGGUCCUUCUCCAGCCUCCCCCUCCCCCUCUCUGCAAGACAGUGUGCUCCAGCCAAACUCCUUCCCGCCAGGCCCUCUCAGCUCAGAGAAUCACCAAAUAGCAGAACGGACGGUCUGCAAUUGCUGCAGCCAGGAACUAGAAACUUCUUUUACCUGCGUGGACGAGAAUGUUAACUUGGAGCAGAGGGACCGGAGCUCCCCUUCAGCAAAAGGGAGUCAUCACCAGGGAGACCUCGGCUGGGGAAAUCCCAACGAGUGGUCCCACGAAGCUGCCAUAUCCUUGAUAUCCGAUGAUGAAGAGGACACAAGUUCGGAAGCCACGUCUUCAGGGAAGUCCGUAGACUAUGGUUUCAUCAGCGCCAUCCUGUUCUUGGUCACUGGCAUCUUGCUGGUGAUCAUCUCUUACAUCAUCCCACGGGAAGUGACUGUGGAUCCCAACAGCGUGGCAGCCCGGGAGAUGGAGCGCCUGGAGAAGGAGAGCGCCAGGCUGGGGGCGCAUCUGGACCGCUGUGUGAUUGCUGGGCUCUGCCUGCUUACUCUUGGGGGCGUCGUUCUGUCCUGUUUGCUAAUGAUGUCUAUGUGGAAGGGGGAGCUGUACCGUCGCAACAGGUUUGCCUCUUCCAAAGAAUCUGCAAAACUCUACGGUUCCUUCAGCUUCAGGAUGAAAACCAGCAGUCAUGACAACGCCUUGGAGCUGUCCUUGGUAGAGGAAGAUGCUCUGGCUGUACAGAGUUAA